AUGCUGGAGCCAGUCCGGCAUGACACUGUGGCAAAGCUGAUUGCACUGAGGCCCGAAAUCGAAGCUAUUCUGGAAAAUGCUGGCACAGCCGGCUGUUCCCUUGGGGUUAUUCACAAUGGAGAGAUAAUCCACGCCGACCAUUUUGGCUACAGAGACGUUGAAAAAGGGCUUAAACCAGACGAUGACACUAUAUACCCCAUUUGUUCGCUUUCUAAAUCAAUUACGGCAGCUACUGUUGGAAUUUUGGUCGGUGACGGAGAGUUUGACUUCGAUACUAGAAUAUCGGACCUUCUGGCAGAUUUCAACCCCGAAGACCCGGCGUUGAAAGAGAAUGGGACCUUGACAGAUCUUCUGUCCCAUCGAAGUGGGCUCCAAGGGUCCAACUUCUGGCUAGGAAGUCAGAACAAUGUGUUGUUCCCAGCCAAGGAAGCAAUGCGAGUCGUGAACUCUUUGAAAAUGGCACAUCCAUUCCGUACUGCCUGGGAGUACAGCAACUACGGAUAUGAGAUCAUUGCACAUAUCAUCAAGCAGAAGACUGGGAGCCCUUGGUUUGAGGUUGUUUCCGAUCGUAUUCUAAAGCCACUCGACAUGUCCCGAACUGGCUUCGACAUCCAGUUUGGAGAUCACAACAAUGUCGCCCGCGCAUAUGCUACUUUGGACAAUGCAAUCCCAGUUUUGAUUGAAGGACCGAAGCUGAGUAGCCAUUCUAUUCUUGGUGCUGGUGGAGGUAUACGGAGCUCGCUUAAGGAUAUGUUGACUUUUUACCGCGCACUUCUCCUGGCAGAGAGCGAUCAACAGCGAACUGGAGAAUCAACGACUACAGGAUCCCCUUUCAAGAACACAAAGGAGCAGUUUAAAUCGCAAAUCAAUCUUUCAGGGCCUCUAUAUGGUGAGACGGGCUAUGGUUUUGGCCUUGCUCGGGCUACUUUGCCAUCUCCCAUGGGGUCCAUCGGUACCAACCCGGCUCUCCUUCCGGACAUGCCAAUUGUUGGCCGGGGCUUGUCUCCAACCUUGGCACUCUAUCACCAAGGAACUUUGGCAGGUGCAUUUGCAACUGUGAUUCUGUUUCCAGAGACAGUGAGCGGCAUAAUAGUUCUCACAAACUCAGUACCUCUGGGCGGCAGUGAUGAUUGGAUUGGCCAGCUUCUUACAGAAACACUUUUUGACGCCCCGGAGAAGAAUGAUUAUCGUAUCAUUUCCAAGAAAACGGCUGAUUCUCAGCGCGGGUGGCAUGACAGGGUUCUAUCUCAACUGCCAAGCCACAAUGGUGUUGGCGAUCAAGCUCGACCUCUUGGCGUAUAUGCUGGUAAAUACUACAACAAGGCACGCACGCUUCUCAUCCAUAUUACAGAGAAGGAUGAUUCUCUCACCAUGAACUUUCAAGACAAUCCCCAGGAGUUCUACAAAUUAACUUGGUGUAGUGGUGACACUUUCACGUGGCUUUCUUCACGCAAUGAACUGGCCAGUAGAGGAAGAUUCACACGAUUUGGAGGUUGGUUCUACACUAUCAAAUUUUCGGCUGAGGAAAGUGGGCGGGUUGUCAGCCUCAAUUGGAUCCAUGAUGAAGCACGAAAGGACGGCGAUGAUUUCUACAUUGAAUGA